AUGCUCGGCGCCUUGAUCCAUACAACAAUACAUACAAUGAGGGGUGGCGCCAGCAUCCCAACUUCGCUUGAAGUAGCAACACCACCAAACCACCUGGUUUCCCAGCACCAGCUGGUGGUUUUCAGCAGAGGCAGCCUUACCAGGCUAGACAGGGGCCAGUCCCAUAGCAGCAGCCCUACCAGCCUAGGCAGGGGCAACCACUCCAGCAGCCUCAGCGUCAGUAUGCUGAGCCAGCAACAGCUCUGGCUCCAGAUAAUCAGAUGA